UACUUCCCUCCCUAACCCGGACCCGGUAGUCGACUACAGACCACGCUGUGAGCUACCGAGACACCGUAGAACUAGACCAGCUUCCGGGACUCAUCCUGACUGCUGCGACUCUUCUCAGACGCUCACGGGCACGAGAAAUCAAGAUACAGCUUGUUAGGAUACCUCCUGAUCUGUCAGUCCAAGAAGUCACAGAGAUUAGUGACUACUGUUGAUUCUAUUUAAAAUGGGUGUAAAGAAGAAGAAAGAAACACAGGUUACUUCAUUGACCGUUUGUCAUCGGGACCUUGAAACUUUGAAAUCCUUGGCUGAUGUGGAAGGGAAAAAUCUAGCUUCUUUGCUGUUGCAUUGUGUACAACUCACUGAUGGAGUGUCACAGAUCCGUUAUGUUAAACAGAUUGUGCCCUUACUGGAGAAGGCAAAUAAAAAUGGCACAUGUGAUCCCACUAUUCGAAGUUGUUUGGAUAUUUUAGCAGGCAUUUAUCUUUCUUUGAAUCUAAAGAAUCCCUUGAAGAAAGUCUUGGCAAGCUCACUAAAUGGCCUACCUGAAUUUUUUCUAAUUGAGGCUACACAAAGUUUUACUUCUCGUCUUCAGGAAGAGUUGAAUACGAGUACUGAUCUGUACUCUUACAGAAAAGUUAUUGACAAUAUAUCUUGCUGUAUGGAAAACUUCGACUUGGGUAGAUCAAGUGUUAAUAAUCUUCUUGAAAAUGUGCUUCAUUUCCUGCAGAAGAGUUUAAUUGAAAUCUCAGAAGAAAACAGAAAAUUGGCUGGAAAUCAUAUUGUUCAAACACAGUUGAUGAAUGACUUGUUGGUGAGCAUUAGAGUUUCGGUGAUGUUAGUACAGAAAGUACAGGGUUUCCAGAGACUUCAUUUGAAGAAUUCUCCUACCUGGCAAAGUAUGUGUGGACUGCUGAGUAUGUUUACCAACUUUUUAAGUGAUGAUGGUCUCUUACAGACAAUUCAGAGUACAUCUGGAUUAGCUGUUAUUCUUUUUAUUAAGGCUAUGUUUCAUCCACCUGAAAAGAUUCCUGAUUUGAUAAGCAGCGUGCUUCUCCGUUCCGUGGACCCCACCAGCGCCCCCGAGUGGCUUUUGAGCUGCUGCAAGAGCCUUUGUUGUGCUGAUGUCCCCCCGUCAGCUCUCCUCUUCCUGUGUCAGGGGACACUCACUAUGUUGGACUGGCAGGAGGGGAGGAUGGGCCCCAGUGGGGAGGCCCUGCUCCUGAAUACUGUGCGUGUUUUGUUCACCUUGAGUUCACAGAUCAAGGAGUCAACCCUGGAAAUGUUUCUGUCUAGGAUUUUGGCAUCUUGGACUAAUUCAGCUAUACAAGUCCUUGACUCAAGUUCCCCAAGCCUAAAGGACAACCUGAAUGGGAAUGCAGAUGUGGUUAGGAGGCUUUUGGACUAUGUCUAUACCCACUGGGAACAUCCACUGGAUGCCUUGAGACACCAAACCCAAAUCAUAUUCAGAAAUAUUCUCCAAAUGCACCAGCUCACUGUAGAAGAGUCAGGUUCAGAUUUGUCUGCUGAUCGUUUCAUUUUUGAACUGACCGAGAGUCUUCUGCGAUUGGAAUGGCAUAGUAAAGGAAAGUACACAUGCCUUGGUUGUUUAGUAGGCUUCAUAGGAAUUGACCAUAUCUUGGCAUUAGCUAAAACCAUUCCAUCGCAAAUCUUAGAGGUGAUGGGGGACCAGUCUCUGGUGCCUUAUGCAAGUGACCUCUUGGAAACCAUGUUUAAAAAUCAUAAGAGUCGUUUGAAAUCCCAGGCUGUCGACAACACUUGGAUUGACAAGUGGCACGAGACUUGGGUUUCUCCUCUUCUUUGUGUACUGUGUGAAGGAAAUCUGGAUCAGAAAUCUUAUGUGAUUGAUUAUUACUUGCCAAAAUUACUGAACUGCAACCCUGAGAGCUUAAGCUAUAUGGUAAAGAUUCUUCAGACUUCUGCUGAUGCUAAAACAGGAUCUUAUGACAGCGGAGGGGCUCUGGGAGCUUUGAUGGCUUGUCUAAGAACAGCUCGAGCUCAUGGACAUCUUCAGUCUGCAACUGAUGCCUGGAGGGACCUUGUGUCCAGUGAAAGAAUAAAGCAAGGCUUAAUUCAUCAGCACUGCCAAGUACGGAUUGAUACAUUAGGCUUGCUUUGUGAAAGUAAUCGAAGCACAGAAAUCGUUUCCACAGAAGAAAUGCAGUGGAUCCAGUUCUUUAUCACAUACAAUCUUAACAGUCAGUCUCCAGGAGUGCGACAACAGAUUUGUUCUCUUCUUAAAAAGGGAUCAAACCUGUGCCCCUUGAGGUGGAAGCAUGGAGUCUUAACCAUGGGGCCACCGGGAGGUCCAGGGUGUAAGUUGUUUUGUAGGAUACAGGAAAGCUCUCAGGUACUUUAUAAACUGGAGCAAAGUAAAUCCAAACAUGAACCAAGGAGUGAGUCAACCAGACAACACCCUUCUGUUUCUUUACAGCAGUAUAAGAACUUCAUGUCAUCCAUUUGCAAUAGUCUUUUUGAAGCAUUGUUUCCUGGCUCUUCCUACCCAACUAGAUUUUCAGCUUUAACCAUUUUAGGCUCAAUAGCUGAAGUUUUUCCUGUGCCAGAAGGUAGAGUCCAAACAGUGUAUCAGCUGAGUCAUGAUAUUGAUGUUGGUCGUUUCCAAACACUAAUGGAAUGUUUAACUGGCACUUUUGAAGAAGUGAAAAUUUUAGCAUUUGAUCUUCUAAUGAAGUUACCAAAAACAUUUGUACAAUUUCAGGGUUCAGUGAAACUGCAAGGCUUAUUCCAAGCAGCUCUGGAGCUUAGUACCAGCACCAAACCGUAUGACUGUGUAACAGCUUCCUACCUACUGAACUUCUUAAUCUGGCAGAAUGCUUUGCCGUCAUCGCUGUCUGCUUGCUUAAAAACUCAGCAGGUUGCAUGUGGAGAUGGAGAUAAGUCUGCUGCUGUGGAAGAAAGUAACACAUUAAUAGUUAUCAAAUGCUUGUUGGAAAAUCUUGAGGAAGAAGUAUCUCGGGCUGAAAAUUCUCUGCUUCAGGCAGCAGCGUCAUUUCCAAUGUAUGGGCGGGUCCACUGUAUAACAGGAGCUUUGCAAAAGCUGCCUCUGAACAGCCUGCAGUUGGUGAGUGAGUGGAGACCCGUGGUGGAGAAGCUCCUUGUGACCUCCUAUAGGGUCUCGGCCGUGGUGUCUCCAGUCAUUCAGAGCUCCUCCCCAGAAGGCCUCAUCCCCAAUGACACUGAUGCAGAGUCAGCAAGCCGCUUGCACAGGAUUCUGAAUGAGAUUCAGCCACGAGAUACUAAUGAUUAUUUCAGUCAAGCCAAAAUAUUGAAAGAAUGUGGUAGCUUUGAUUUAGAGGAGUCUAAAUCAAACAGUGUACCGAAUAUUGAUACUUCUGCAGAAAUCAAAGGUAAAGAAGGAAAAACAUGUGACGUAACUGCUCAGAUGCUGCUGGUGUGUUGCUGGAGAAGCAUGAAGGAAGUUGCUUUACUCUUAGGCUCUCUGUGCCAGCUUCUACCCAUGCGGUCUGUGCCAGAGUCUCCCGAUGGAUUGUUGACGGUGGAGCAGGUAAAAGAAAUAGGAGAUUACUUUAAACAACACCUUUUACAGUCCAGGCACAGAGGAGCAUUUGAACUGGCUUACACUGGCUUUGUGAAACUCACUGAAAUCCUAAACAGGUGCCCUAAUGUGAGUCUGCAAAAGCUACCGGAAGAGUGGUUAUUGAGUGUUUUAGAGGAAAUUAAGUGCUGUGAUCCUUCGUCUAAACUCUGUGCCACAAGACGCAGUGCUGGAAUUCCUUUCUACAUACAGGCAUUGUUGGCAUCCGAACCUAAGAAAGGCAAAAUGGAUUUGUUGAAAAUAACAAUGAAAGAGUUAAUCUCUUUGGCUGGACCUACAGAUGACUCACAAAGCACAGUCCCCAAGGUUCAUGCUUUAAAUAUCCUUAGAGCCUUGUUCAGAGAUACACGUCUGGGAGAAAUUAUUAUCCCUUAUGUUGCUGAUGGAACUAAGGCCGCGAUUCUGGGCUUUACAUCCCCAGUCUGGGCAGUGAGAAAUUCAUCCACGCUUCUCUUCAGUACCUUGAUCACAAGAAUAUUUGGAGUUAAAAGGGGAAAGGAUGAACUUUCCAAAAAAAAUAGAAUGACAGGGAGCGAAUUUUUCUCUCGUUUCCCUGAACUCUAUCCCUUUCUUCUCAGACAGUUGGAAAGCGUGGCCAGUACUGUGGACAGUGAUACAGGAGAACUAAACCGUCAUCCCAGCAUGUUUCUCUUACUUUUGGUGUUGGGGAGACUCUACCCUUCCCCCAUGGAUGGCACCUGUUCCGCUCUCAGCAUGGCACCUUUUAUUCCCUUCAUUAUGAGAUGUGGUCACUCACCUGUCUACCGCUCCCGUGAAAUGGCAGCACGUGCCUUGGUCCCGUUUGUUAUGAUGGACGAAAUCCCUAAUACCAUCCAAACUCUGUUGGCCAAACUCCCUGACUGCACUGACCAGUGUUUCCGGCAAAACCAUAUUCAUGGGACACUUCUCCAAGUUUUUCAUUUGUUACAAGCCUUCUCAGACUCCAAAUACAGAAUGAAUACAUACUUUCAGCAGGAACUGGCUGACGUCGCUGUUUGUACCAAAGCCAAGCUCUGGCUGGCCAAGAGGCAAAAUCCAUGUUUGGUGACCAGAGCUGUGUAUAUUGAUAUCCUCUUCCUGUUGACUUGCUGCCUUGACAAACUCUCAAAAGGCAACCAGCCAGUUCUGGAGCAUCUUGGCUUCUGGGAGGAAGUCAGAAGGAUCAUCUUAGGAUCAGAGCUGAUAACAGGGUUCCCCUAUACCUACACGGUGCCAGGCCAGCCCCAGUAUCUCCAGAGCCUCACCAAACUGGCCAUCGCUGCAGUGUGGGCAGUAGCGGCCCAGGCUGGAGAGCAGAACAGGGAUGUUCCCAUCUCCUUCUCUCAGCUGUUGGAGUCUUCCUUCCCUGAAGUGCGCCUGCUCACGCUGGAAGCCCUGCUAGAAAGGUUCUCAACAGCAGCCUCUGCUCUGGGAGAGAAGGGACUGCCGCCCUUACUGUGGAAUAUGGGAGGGACAUUCUUGACAUUGGUGCUGAAGGAAAAUCACCCAGAAUGCCUCUGCAAGAUACUGAAAAUUCUCCAUUGCCUGGACCCCAGUGAGUGGCUCCCUCAGACAGAGGACCGUGUCCAUCUCAGCUCAAAGGAGUUCCUGAUCUGGACAAUGGAUCUUGCUUCCCAUGAAAGGUCUGAAAUUCAAAGUGAAGCUCUGAGACUCACCUCCAAAGUGAUUGCCCACCACAUGCAGAUGUGUGACGAGACCAGAGACUUGGUGGCCCCCAGCCUGCAGCAGUGGGUUCAGUUGGUUGUCUCUUCCUGUGGAGAUCAUCUGCCCACAGAGUCCAGGCUGGCUGCUGCUGAAGUUCUUGCCAGCACUGCACCAUUUUUCCUCACCAACCCCCAACCCAUUCUUGGACUGCAGGAUACGCUUGCUCUCUGGAAAUGUGUCCUCACCCUCCUGCAGAGUGAGGAGCAAGUUGUCCGAGAUGCAGCCACGGAAACUGUGAUGACCGCCAUGUCACAGGAGAACACUCGCCAGUCAACAGAAUUUGCCUUCUGUCAGGUGGAUGCCUCCAGCGCACUGGAUCUGGCUCUGGCUGUGCUGUGUGACCUGCUCCAGCAGUGGGAUCAGCUGACCCCUGGACUCCCAGUCCUGCUGGGAUGGCUGUUGGGAGAGGGUGAGGAUCUCAUGGCCUGUGAGGAGAGCGCACAUCAGGUGGAAGAAGACUACCCGUUUGAAAAAACGGAAAUCAACUUUUGGGCCGAGACCCUGAUCUUCGUGAAAUACCUCUACAAGCACCUCUUCCGCCUCUUCUCUCAGUCCAGCUGGUGUCCCCUCAGCCCCGAGAUGCUCCGUCACCUUCAGAGGACUGCGUCGGAGCAAAGCCACCUCCUCUCCCAGCUCUUCAGAGUGCUGCCUCCCACUGCUGAGUUUUUGAAGUCUGCAGAGUUCACGAGACUGCGCAUUCGGGAGGAAAGGACUUUGGCUUGCCUGAGGCUGCUGGGUCUUCUGGAAGGAAAGCAAGGGGAGGACACCCUAGUUCUUAGGGCUUUGGAUUCUCCUGCAGCAGCGAAUCAGUUAAUGCUUCCAAGAACAAAAACAGCUUGUUGAAGAAGGAUUUGUGGGAUUGGGGUGGGGUGGGUUAUUCCUCCACUCAGUCAAUAGUAAAGUGUUCAACAGAAACUCCAGCAUCUUCUCCCCUUCACACCGUGCCUCUUCCCCCCACCUCCCUUUUGUGAAUCUAGUCUUCUGUCCCACAGAGGAUUUUUUCUUAGGUUCAGUCAUUCAAGGCUGCCUCGUUUAUUGCAGCUACUGUAGGAAGUGAGGCUACCACAGUGAAUAUUGACUCUGUUCCCAGGUGCAGGCCACCUGCAGGCCUGAAUUAACCUUUCUCAUCCCCCAGGACCUCCAAUGUCCAACCAGAGCCAGCCUGCAUUUUUCUCUGAAUUGACUACACAGAACUGGGUUUUAACAUAUGAUUUGCCCCCCACACCCAUUUUUGGCUGGUUGUAAGAGUUGGAUUAGUUAGCAAACAACCCACUUGGUCCAAAUUUCAAAUUUUAUUCCAUUUUAGUGAAGUAAGAAAUAUGUUCCAAAUGUUGGAUCCUGGGAAAAUUAAGCAUUAAGUUCAUACAAAUAAGUUUUUUACUGUCUGCAUGUUUAAGCCUUCAGUGACCUACACAUGCCAUCCUCAUUAUUAAAAGAGCCAUUACAAGCUCCUACCCCCUGACCCCCAAUAAAAAGUAUUUGUGCCAUUGUUAAGAAAUCAUAAUUCUACCACCCACUAAAACCAUAGCCUCUUGGCUGUUAGAAGGAACCUGGGGAAAGGGGAGUCAGAAUAAAUGACUUAUUUGAUGUCUA